UCAAACAUUAGCAUCUCAAUUUGUCUAAGAUUUCAAAACUUCUAAAUUGCUGUCACCAAUCACAAUGUUUUCUUCCAGCCAUGAUUUCACAGGGAGGAAGAAAGCUACGAAAGUCAAGGUGAUGCAUUGAAUAUCUUUUGUUUCUAAAUGCAUUCUAGAAUUUUUCGUGGAGUCUAUAUAAAGAAGGCAACAAGACUCGUCCUCCUCACGAGGAUGUUUGGUUUGAAGAAAAAAAUGGAUAGCACUCAUAGCAUAGCCAAAAAAUGGAGGCAUCUAAGUGGCCAGAACAACUGGCAGAGCCUAUUGGAUCCUCUUGACAUUGAUCUCCGUCGCUACAUAAUUCACUACGGAGAAAUGGCUCAAGCUACUUAUGAUGCCUUCAACACAGAGAAGGCAUCAAAGUAUGCUGGAAGCAGCAGAUAUGCUAGAAAGAAUUUUUUCUCUAGAGUUGGUUUAGAGAAAGGCAAUGCUUUUAAGUACAAUGUGACCAAAUUUGUUUAUGCAACCUCACAAAUUCAAGUCCCUGAGGCCUUUCUCAUUAAGUCUCUAUCAAGGGAGUCUUGGUGCAAGGAAUCCAAUUGGAUGGGGUACGUUGCUGUGGCUACAGAUGAAGGGAAGGCUGCGUUAGGCAGGAGGGACAUUGUGAUUGCUUGGAGAGGCACUGUGCAGUCAUUGGAGUGGGUUAAUGACUUGCAAUUUAAUUUGGUUUCUGUCUCAAAAUUACUUGGCGAGGACGGUGAUCCUAAGGUGCACGAAGGUUGGUACUCUAUCUAUACUUCAGAUGAUUCGCGUUCGCCUUUCAACAAAACCAGUGCCAGAUAUCAGGUUAUUGGAGAAGUUAGGAGACUAGUAGAGCAAUUCAAGGAUGAGGAAAUUAGCAUCACAAUAACAGGGCAUAGUUUGGGUGCAGCAAUUGCCACACUGAACGCAGUUGACAUUGUUGCCAAUGGCGUAAACAGGCCAAAGGAGCAGCCAAACAAAGCCUGUCCAGUAACAUCCAUUGUCUUUGCCAGCCCUCGAGUUGGAGACUCAAACUUUGAGAAGGUCUUCUCAGGGCACAAAGAUGUUCGAGCCUUACGCGUUCGUAAUGCUUUAGAUGUUGUCCCCAACUACCCAAUUCCAUUGGGUUACUCAAACGUGGGAGAAGAGCUGGCCAUCGACACUCGAAAAUCCAAGUACCUGAAGAGCCCUGGAGGGCUGGCAAGUUGGCAUAACUUGGAAGGGUACUUGCAUGGAGUUGCAGGAACACAAGGGAGCAAAGGAGGGUUCAAGUUGGAAGUUAAGCGUGACAUAGCCCUGGUAAAUAAGAGUGCUGAUGAUUUGAAGGAGGAGUAUCUUAUACCGGCGUCUUGGCGGUGUGAGAAGAACAAGUGCAUGACUCAGCUGGACGACGGUUCUUGGGUGCUGAGGGACCAUGAGGAUGAUGAUGAUGCUGAUUUUUAAUCUUGAUUUCUGUUUUUGUGGUUCUGUCCAUAGGUUUAAGGUUGAUUAUGCAUCAGUCUGUGUUUCAGUUGUGCGAUAUUAUAAGAAAAGAAAAGUGAAAAGUCUGUAUGUUCAAAUUUGGGUUGAGUUGUAUGAAAAACCUAAAUUUGGUAAUUAGUAUAUUUUGUCCAAA